GUGGACGGAGGGAAUAAUUCAUUCAGGUCUUGCCAUCUAAACAGAACCUAUAACAACAAAAAAGCCAAAAAAAAAAAACAAAGAAAAACAAAGUACUAAUUGAUUAAAAUAUCCCCAAUAAGAAAAAGCAGUGGAUCUUGACAAUGAGCACGGACUCGGUUGCUAACUCAUCAAGCAUCCGAGUUAACCCAGGCAUCUCUAUCUAAUUAUUCCAAUCUUUUCUUAAAUCUAUCACAGUUUCUCUACAUCCAUUUGCAAAGAUGAGAAGAAGAAAAAUCGGGAAUUUGAAGCUGAAGAGCCCAGUGAAACUGGUGUGCACGAUCGUCACCGUUUCAUUCAUAAUCACACAGAUCUUCACUGCGGUUAAGCUCAGAGGCAUACCUCGAUCGGCAAUUGCUUCAACCAAAACAGAAUCCCCCGCCAAACGCGCGAGAAUCGGCGAGUUCGGGGAAACGGUGAUUAAGUUGUUACCUGAGGAUCUGGCGUUCACGCUCUUCCUGCCGUCGGAGGAGGCGAUUCGGCGCGAUCUGAGGCUGAACCGGAACGAUAGCGAUGCCUACGCGGUGCUGACGCGGGUGCUGGGGUUCUCGUCGGUGCCGAGGUGGAUUUGGACCGCCGAUUUGGAGCGCGGAGGGCGGAGAAGCUACGAUUCGAUAUCUGGAUUGAGUUUGUCCGUGGGGAAGGAUUCGAACGGAAAUGUGGUGGUGAAUGGGGUGGUUUCAGAGGUGGUGGAUUUGAGAAUCGGGAAAACUGUAGUGCAUGUGAUGGAUGGGGUUGUGAUGGAUGCGGAGUUUGAGCAAUCGGUGCGCCCUGAAUCUGAUGAUGAUGAUGAAUUCGAUUAGUUUUUCUGUUUGCUUCGAAGUUGUUGCAGGGUGUGACCAUUGCUCAUCAAUCCGGUGCUCUUGCCGAGGAAGACUGCCGGAGUCGCCGCCGGCCAAGGCCGCGAAAUCACCUAAGAAAGCUGCUGCUUAGUUUUAGGCAGAUUGAGUUCAGCAAAUUUGAUCAAUUGGUAUGUGAUUUUUGGCAGGAAAAAAAAAAUGGAGGUUGUAAUUAUAUAGUGCUAUUAAUUUUGAUUCAUUUGCAAGGUUUAGUUUUUAUUGGGUUUAUAUAAUAAAUACUUCGUCUCUUAUGAAAA